AUGCAGUCACAUGUUGGAAAAUCUGGAACUACCAAGACUGGAUAUGAGGCAAAAUUUGUCCACCUUGCCGAUAGGAUUAAAGAGAUCAUUGUCGCUUUCAUUGAUGCAGGACUCGUCGAGAGAUUCAACAAUGUUGAAGAUGAGGAGGCGCGCGCCAUGCCCAUACAGGCAAGUAUUCAUGGCUAG